AUGAACGCGCCGGGCGGGAAGGCGGCGCGGCCGGCGGCGCUGGCGGAGCCGGCCCGGACGGCGGCGGCGGCGGCGGGGGGGAAGGAGGUGCCGAAGGUGCUCGUGGACCCCCGCACCCGGCGCAGCUUCGUGCGCGGGCGGUUCCUGGGCAAGGGCGGCUUCGCGCGGUGCUACGAGCUGGCCGAGGCCGAGAGCCGGGAGGUGUUCGCGGGGAAGGUGGUGCCCAAGUCGCUGCUGGUGAAGCCGCACCAGAAGGAGAAGAUGUCCAUGGAGAUCGCCAUCCACCGCAGCCUCUCCCACCGCCACGUCGUCGGCUUCCAGGGCUUCUUCGAGGACGACGACUUUGUCUACGUCGUGCUGGAGCUCUGCCGCCGCAGGUCGCUGCUGGAGCUGCACAAGCGGCGGAAGGCGCUGAGCGAGCCCGAGGUGCGGUACUACCUGCGGCAGACCAUCCUGGGCUGCCAGUACCUGCACAGCCACCGCGUCAUCCACCGCGACCUCAAGCUGGGCAACCUCUUCCUCAGCGACGACAUGGAGGUGAAGAUCGGUGACUUUGGCCUGGCCACCAAGGUAGAGUACGAUGGGGAGCGCAAGAAGACCCUUUGUGGGACGCCCAACUACAUCGCCCCAGAGGUGCUGGGCAAGAAGGGGCACAGCUUUGAGGUGGACAUCUGGUCCAUUGGCUGCAUCAUGUACACUCUGCUUGUGGGGAAACCGCCUUUUGAGACCUCUUGUCUAAAGGAUACGUACAUCCGGAUCAAGAAGAACGAGUACACCAUUCCCAAGCACAUCAACCCUGUGGCUGCAAACCUCAUCCAGAAGAUGCUGAGGUCGGACCCUGCCACGCGCCCGACCAUCGAUGAGCUGCUGAACGACGAGUUCUUCACCUCGGGGUACCUGCCCAGCCGCCUGCCCACCAGCUGCCUCACCAUCGCUCCCCGCUUCUCCCUGGCUCCCAGCAGCCUGGAGCUCGGCGGGCGGAAGCCGCUGACCGCGCUCAAUAAAGGACUGGACAGCCCUGCCCAGGAGCCCUUGCCGGAGAAGGAGGAGGCGGCGGGGCUGCGGGAGGUGGGAGAUGCUGUCAGCUGCCACCUGGCUGACAUGUUGCAGCAGCUGACUGCAGUCAACGCAGCCAAGCCCUCCGAGAGAGUGGCAGUGAGGCAAGAAGAAGCUGAGGACCCGGCCUGCAUUCCCAUCUUCUGGGUUAGCAAAUGGGUGGACUACUCAGAUAAAUAUGGACUCGGUUACCAGCUCUGUGACAACAGCGUUGGGGUUCUCUUCAAUGACUCCACUCGGCUCAUCAUGUACAACGAUGGGGACAACCUGCAGUACAUUGAGCAGAACAACACCGAGUCCUACUUCACCGUGAGGUCCUACCCUUCUGCCCUCAACAAGAAGAUAACACUACUGAAGUACUUCCGGAACUACAUGAGCGAGCACUUGCUGAAGGCAGGGGCGAACAUCACGCCACGGGAGGGGGACGAGCUGGCCCGACUGCCCUACCUGUGCACCUGGUUCCGGACCCGCAGCGCCAUCAUCCUGCACCUCAGCAACGGCACUGUGCAGAUCAACUUCUUCCAGGACCACACCAAGGUCAUCCUGUGCCCUCUCAUGGCUGCUGUGACGUACAUAGAUGAGAAACGGGACUUCCGCACGUACAAGCUGAGCCUGAUCGAGGAGCACGGCUGCUGCCGGGAGCUGGCCAGCCGCCUGCGCUACGCCCGCACCAUGGUGGAGAAGCUCCUCAGCUCCAAGUCUGGCUCGGGCCGCGUGAAAUCUUCCUCCUAGACCUCGUUCUUGCUGGACUCAACAUUGGUGCCAAACUGCCCGGCUGCGGAGGGAGAGGUCUGGCAGCUUCCCUCCCAUGGCCCGGCUGGGUUCCCACUCCUGGGUAUGGGCUCACUGCCCCGAGGAAGCCCCUGCUGCUGUGGGAAUGGUGUUGUUCACUGACUGGUGCCCAAAGGUUUCUUGCUUCCUGCUCCUAACAAAGUGUAUUUUUAAAUUCCCUACCUAGUCUGUUUUUCUAAUUUCCCAAAGCCAAAAACCCAGCUCCAAACCAGCCCUCUCGUUUGAGGUGCCUGGGGCUGCUCUUGAGAGAGCAGAGCUGGCAGUGAGGUGUCUGUACAUGGCUGUGCCCGUGCUCUGGGCUUUGUUUCCUCUGGCAGAAGCUCAGGUAAGGUAUUGAAUGAGCCCGGGGUGAGAUUUGAGCAAUUGGCCUUUUAAUGCUGAAACUCCA